AGAUUAUUUUAUUAAACAUAGUUUCCACUCUCAAGCACUGCACUUUUCCCAAUUACCCUAUCAGUCCUUCCCUCAUAAAACCCAUCAUUUUCGUCGAAAUUCGUCGCCGGAGCAGCCUCGCCGGAACUCCACUAUUUCGCAACCUAGUUAUCAACAGACGUGAAAUGGUGGGCUCGAAGAAAUUUGGGUAAUAGUUCGUUUAACAAGGAACCUCCGUCUUUGGAAAAGUUUCUAUGAAGAUUCAUGCUUCUCCGCGUGGUACAUGCUGUGUUCAGUGAAUGAGACAAUACUACUUCGGAUUAGAAGAAGAAUCAGAAUGAAUAAAGGUUUGUGGAUGACAAAGGGUCCUGGGCAUGAAAAUGAUGCAAAUUCAACUUUUGACAGCCCAUCAUUAUUAGACACAAAGCGAGCACAUCACUGGUUUAUAGAUGGUUGUGAGGCACAGGUUUUCCCCAACAAGAAGCAAGCCAUUCAAGCUCCAAGUAGUAAAAUGACUGGAGCACUGUCUAAUAUGAACGUUUUUCCGUGGGAGCAUCAUACUGCUAAUUAUCAGUCUGUUUCACAUCAACUUAUUGGUCGCUUAUUUGGGCCUGAAUCAUUAAGGUCUGCUGACUUUGAUCUAACUAAAGCAUCUUCUGUAAUUUCGGAUAAUUUGGACCUCAGGAGAAAAGGUAUUGAAGUUGAAGACCAUUAUGGAGAGGAUGCAUCUGUUGGGUUGUCUAUUUCUAAUGGUAUGGAGGACCCUGAAACCUCUCCUAGAUAUGGAGGAAUUAGAAAAGCGAAAGUCAAUCAGGUUGAAGAUAAUAUACAUGAUCUACAACCUUGUCUAAGAAGUAAUUCUAAUAGGGAAGAUGGUGGUCAACUCACCAUAGAAAGUUAUUAUAAGGAAAUUGAAACAGGUCUUGUAUCUGUGGGAUCAGCCUAUAUUAAGGAGGAUGACAGUUUCAGUUUGAUGAACCAAACCUCUAAUGAUGGGGAUCACCAUAUUAGGUUUUUAGGUCAUAGUGGGAAGGUAGAUGAUAAUGUUGUCUCCAUUGGUGAUGAUUAUGGUAAGAGAGAUGCAAAUAUAAUCUCAUUUGAUGGAUUUCCUGAUGAGCAAGAUAUUAUAUCCUUAGGCAGGUCUCUUGGUAACCAUGACUCAACAUUCUACGAACCUUCAUUCCAAGCAUCUGAAGCUGAUGGUGUCACAGAGUUGGAAUCAUCAAGUUUAGAUGUACCUGUAAGCAGUUCUCAGAUAGCUAAGCAAAAGCUUGAUAUGACGCUGAAGAGUAGACCAGAAUACAAAACGAGGAAAGAAGCUCCAAACAGCUUUCCUUCAAAUGUUAGAAGUUUAAUAUCGACCGGUAUGCUCGAUGGUGUUCCUGUUAAGUAUGUUUCUGUAACCAGAGAGGAGCUUCGUGGAAUAAUUAGGGGAUCUGGCUAUCUUUGUGGAUGCCAAUCUUGCAACUUUUCCAAAAUGCUUAAUGCGUAUGAGUUCGAGCGGCAUGCUGGCUGCAAAACAAAACACCCAAAUAAUCAUAUAUACUUUGAGAAUGGGAAGACUAUUUACCAGAUUGUACAAGAGUUAAGAAGCACUCCGGAGAGCUUGUUGUUUGAUACAAUUCAAACUAUAUUUGGUGCACCUAUCAAUCAGAAAUCUUUUCGGAUUUGGAAAGAAUCAUUUCAAGCAGCUACCCGCGAGCUUCAGCGCAUAUAUGGCAAGGAUGAACUUAACCUUUAGUAGACUAGAAUUCAUUGCGAGUUCUAUAAAUGCAAGACAAGCUUAGGUGGAUAGUGUUCAAGAGAAUAAAAAAUUUUCAUGCUAACUGAUUCAUGGUCUGUACGAUUUCGAAGUUGAAAAUAAGUAUUUCUGUCCUACUCGCCUAGAUGCAUCAGGAUGGUGGUUAGAAUUCAGUUCCGUAUUAGAAAAGGAAACCAUGUAUCAAGUACCUUGAACAAUGGGGGGUUAGGAUUUGGAUUUUGCACCUUGUUUGGAGCGUUCGUCACCAUUUUGUGUUGGAAACAACACCCACAUUGUAAAUCUCUUAUUACAUGAAAGCCUGACUCAACUUUCCGUCAACUGUUAAAUUGUGUAGCUGUAGAGUGUAUGUAUUAUUGGGGGUUGAUAUUUGAACACAUGGAAAUUUUAACCUUUUUGUUGAAGUUGCUUCUAUUUUUUUGCA